GAGAAAAAUGGUGAGGAGACCAUGUUGUGAAAAGGAAGGGAUGAAAAAAGGGGCUUGGUCUGCUGAAGAAGAUGAAAUCCUCAUCAACUAUGUCCAGAUUCAUGGUGAAGGCAAGUGGAGAAGCGUUGCUCAUAAUGCUGGUUUGAAGAGAUGCGCCAAGAGUUGCAGGCUUAGAUGGUUGAACUACUUGAGACCCAACAUCAAACGAGGCGACAUCACCAAGGACGAAGAAGAACUCAUCAUCCGGCUCCACCGCCUUCUCGGCAACCGGUGGGCCUUGAUCGCGGGGAGGCUUCCAGGACGAACGGACAAUCAGAUAAAGAACUACUGGAACACCGUCCUCGCCAAGAAGUGUGGAUCUUUGUCAUCCCAGUCUUGUACGAGCAAACCGAGCCGCGAAGCGGAAACUUCGCACUUCCGAAGUCGCGGGUCGAUGAAUGGUUCCGAUCAAGUUGAUGCAGACCAGCCAUCCCUGGCCAGCAUGCGCGGAAUUCCUAUUCCGCCCCAAAACGAACAGCACUGUUUGGCGGACAAAAGCACGGGCUUGAUGAAUAGCAGCAGCAGCAUCGGCAGUCAAGGCUUGUUCUCUUCACUUCUGGCCGGAGAUGACCGCGACGAGGAUCAUCUGAGCUUUCUGAUGAACAUCGAUACCGACGAAGAUUUCAGUUCAAGGUUAUUUCCCGAUAGUACAAUAGUGAAUGAAGACAACAGCUCUGACAUAUUUGGUGGGCUUGAAAAGAAUAAUGUCGUGUCCUCAUCUCCUUCCGUUGACACUUCCCAUGAUCAAGUAGCCAGGGUUGAUACUGAGGUGAUGUAUGAUCAGCAACCGUCGCUACAUGUGGAGCUGAAGAAGCUGGCUUUGUUUCUUGAUUUGGAAGAUGAUUGA